GGAUGUCCGCGUAACCAACAUUGGGUCAUUUUGGCAGGGUCGAUGUUCCGAUUCAUGCAAAGGCGUAACUUGCUCAUUUCUCGAAUGAUUUUAAGGAGGUUUACUUUUUGUCAAUACCAAAGCGUGGGUUAUCAAUAUAGAGGAUUGGCUUGCGAUCAGUUACCCGAGUUCCUUUAUCGUAAUUGAAUGGCGUUCAGCGCAUCCUGAUGCAGCCCAAUGUGUCAGCAUAUAACACACGCACACACAAAUGCGCAAACGACUUUGCCCCUACCAGCCGUAAGCACACAACUCAAAGGUACAUGAACACCAUGUCGGAUUCUCUGUAUGAGAAGUUUCUGACCCCAGAGGAGCCUUUCCCCCUCCUCUCCCAGAGAGCCAACCUCAGCGACGUGGGGACCCUGGACGUCAGUGAUUUCAGCUGUCAGCUUUCAUCCUGUCAUAGGACGGACCCCCUACGUCGCUUCCACAGCAACAGGUGGAACCUGACUUCCUGUGGCACAAGCGUGGCCAGCUCCGAAUGCAGUGAAGAGCUCUUCUCUUCCGUGUCUGUGGGUGACCAGGACGACUGCUACUCUCUCCUGGAUGAUCAGGAGCUGACAUCCCUGGACCUGUUUCCUGAGGGCAGUGUUUGCAGUGAUGUUUCUUCCUCCAUCAGCACGUACUGGGACUGGUCUGAUAGUGAGUUUGAGUGGCAGUUGCCAGGAAGUGACAUCACUAGCAACAGUGAUGUUCUGUCCGACAUCAUUCCAAGUGUUCCGAAUUCACCUUGUUUGGUUCCCAAGAGGAAGCUGAAGCCUCACCUUCAUCGAAACCUGGAUGAGCUCCCAUGGAGCGCCAUGACAAAUGAUGAACAAGUGGAAUACAUCGAGUACCUGAGUCGUAAGGUCAGCACGGAAAUGGGCCUGCGAGAGCAACUGGACAUCAUUAAGAUCAUCGAUCCCUGUGCUCAAAUCUCCCCCACGGACAGCGAGUUCAUCAUCGAGCUCAACUGUCUUACUGACGAGAAACUCAAGCAGGUUCGCAGCUACAUCAGAGAGCAUGGCCCAAGGCAGAGGACCAGCAGCACCAGAGAGGCUUGGAAGAGGAGCAGCCACAGCAGCGCCAGCACGGGCGGCGUCAGCGGGGUCAGCAGCAGUAACGCCAGCAUGGUUAGCUCCGCCAGCUCCACGACCAGCUCCACGGCCUCCAACUCUGUCGCAGGCGGAACAGCUUCGGCCUGCAGUGGCAGCAGCAUUGCAAACAUUAGCAGAGCUUACAGUGACGGCAAUCUUUCCAGUGCCGCAGAACGCAUCAGAGAUUCUAAAAAACGUUCCAAGCAGCGCAAGCUCCAGCAGAAAGCCCUGCGCAAGCGUCAGCUGAAGGAGCAGCGGCAGGCCCGCAAGGAGCGUCUGAGCGGCCUGUUUCUUAAUGAGGAGGUGCUGUCGCUGCGGGUGACCGAGGAGGACGACCGCGGCGACGAUCUGGACGUGCUCAUGUGACACCAGUGAAUGAAUCAAUGCUCCCUCUUACGCCCGUAGAGCUUGGCAUGCUUAGUUUAGUCUUGGCUAACACGAUCGUUAGGCUUUGCUGUUACUAAGAGCUUCUAGUAGCUAAUGCUAAACGUGAUCACGUAUACAGUUAAGGUUUGUUUAAAUUACUCACAAAAAUGUGGGGAUUUUGGGUGAAAUAUCAAGAUUUAAACUAAAAACCAGGUGAACCUAAUUUGAGUCAAUUCUAAUCUGACUGUUCAAUUUUCCACCACUUUUUGCGUAUCGUGUUCUCGCCAAAAAAAAGGUAAACAGGAAAAAUCAGAAGAGCUUUUUGAUCCAUGUAUAAUUUUAACAAUGUCCGUUUCUGCAAUUCCUCUGGUCUUUAUCUCCUUUGCAAGCUACUUAUGGCAAACUUGACACUGCUCUGAGGCCAUCAUCGUACGCCCAGCAGCUGAUCAACAAAUAUGCCCACUUAAUUUUCAGUCUCAUCAGCAGGUUGCAAUAGAAAGAGUCAAAGAAAGGCUUUUGUGAAUGUUGCCAUUCAACUCCUUGUUGCAGAAUAAGUUGUGUAAAAAGACGUUGAACAGUUGAACAUGUGGGUUCAAAUGGUUAGAGGUCCAGUUAAGUUCACCUAUGAAUUCACCGUACAUUUUUAGUUCAUCCUGAAAAUGUCACCUGAAAGCCCAGUAUCCCAACAUUUUUGUGUAACGUACAAAGGACAGUCAAAAAGUAGCAGGCCCAAUUUAAUUGAACUUGUUAGUUAUCUUUCCUCUUCCUCUCGCCUUGUUUGGAAAUGACAUCAUUAGAUGUUAGUCAGAAGCUGAAAACUGAUUGAAUUUCUUGUUUUGGUUGGGCCAGCACCAUUAAACAAUUUCAGGUGCUGUGGGGUUUUGUCAUGAAUGAUGACACUUUUUGGUGAUGUCAUCAGUGCUGCCUGGACAGUGAUCUCGGAUCAGGGGCUCAACCUCGCGCUAUUCCCAGGAUGAACCGCUGCUGUUCUUCUGCUUGUCAUAGAGCUCACUCAAAGCAGGCUCUUGUUCAUGGCCUUUGAUCCUGAACCCCAAGUUUUUUUUUGGGCUGUAGCCUAUAUUGCAGCUUCCCCCCGAUACAAAACAAUUAUUGGUAUGUUAAAUUAAAUUGGACUCAUUUUUUGACUACCCUUCAUAUAUUUCAACUUGGCUGCUGUAAUAGGCUAGAAACUUGGAUAUUGUAGAAACAAAUUUUAGCUGCGCCGAGGUCACUCGCUGCUCUCUGAGACGGCAGGUAGAAAGUGUGAAGCGGAUCGAGCUGAGCUUUGCUGUCGUUCUAAUUUGUAGUUCCAUUCUGCUUGUUAAGGCUUCGAGGGAGCAUUGAACACAUGCAUGUGAAAGCUCCCGCCUCCUCUAUAUGAUUCAGUAACCCUCAGCAUUGUUCCUUUUCCAAUCCAUCCAUUAACCAAAUAAAUGUAUGUGUUGUAAAUAACUAUUAAAUAACAUAUUUACUGCUUGUUUUCAUCUUAUCCUCAGCCAUAAUGGUUUAAUUGAAAAUGUUUUUUUCCUCCCGCUAUGUGUAAAAGUAAUGAUGCUAUUAAACUUUAGUGGUAUUUUUAGUCACAUUUAGAGUUGGUAGUUUUGAUUUAAGGAUUUUUUUUCCCCACCCCCUGAUAGCACUCCGAAUGUAAGUCUGCCAACGCACAGAGGAAUGAAUCGAGUGUCUGUGUGUUCAUGUACUGUAUUGUACGCGGCUUCCGUGGUCUCUGAAUUCUAACGUCAAGCUAAUGACUCCUUGAUGUGAAUUUAAUGGCUUUGUAAGUCAUAACCUUUUGUUUCAUUCCAUCUCUUAACAUCCUUGAUACUCUAUCCUAUCCUCUAGCUUUGGUUCUCCUGGAUUAAUUUUUAAUUGGUCUUCUUUUCAAAGCAGUACUAUGUAUUCUGUAGUGUCGAAGUAGUAAAAUUCUAUUUUGGGAAGAAAACAGAUAAUUUUCAAAAGAAAAAAAGUCACAGUGUGGUGCAAUGAAAUUGUGUAAAUAAUGUUUUGCUGAUUCUGACUAUUAAAAUGAUUGAAAAUG